AUGAGCUCCAGACGGGAGCUGACGAGGCCGACCUCGUCCAACGUGCGCACCGGCGCCGCCGCUCGCGCCAGUGUGCGGCCGGGAACGCGGACGUCCAACUUGCGAUACCAAAACGCCCCUUCCAGGACCCUCGACCGCGCCGCCUCGCCCGCCGAGUCUGUCGCCUCUGUCGCCACGAACGCGACGAAGCGCAAGGAGCGCGAGUAUGACUUCGAUACCCCGGGCCAGGAGACCAACAUCAACGUCGUCGUCAGAUGCAGAGGCCGCAACGACCGCGAGGUCCGCGAAAACAGCGCCGUUGUCGUCCAGGCCGACGGCGUCAAGGGCAAGGAUGUCGAGCUGAAGCUGGGCCCCAAUGCUCUGAGCAACAAGACAUACAACUUUGACCGCGUCUUUUCUGCUGCCGCAGACCAGACAAUGGUCUUCGACGACGUUGUCAAGCCCAUCUUGGACGAGAUGCUCGCUGGCUUCAACUGCACUGUCUUCGCCUACGGCCAGACCGGCACCGGCAAGACCUAUACCAUGUCGGGAGACAUGACAGAGACCCUGGGUCUUCUCUCGGACGGGGCGGGCAUCAUCCCCAGGGCUCUCCACGCCCUCUUCAACAAGCUCGAGGUCGAGGACACGGAAAGCUGCGUCAAGUGCUCCUUCAUCGAACUGUACAACGAAGAGUUGCGCGAUCUGAUCGCCCCCGACGACGGCCCCAAGCUCAAGAUCUUUGACGACACCUCGAGGAGGCACGCGACCACGGUGGUACAGGGCAUGGAGGAGAGGCACAUUAGGACCGCCGGCGAGGGCAUCAAGGUUCUCCAGGAUGGAAGCUUGAAGCGCCAAGUCGCUGCGACCAAGUGCAACGAUCUCAGUAGUCGAAGCCACACGGUCUUCACCGUCACCGCCUACGUCCGAAAGAAGGGAGAGGACGGCAACGAGGACUACGUCAGCGCCGGCAAGCUCAACCUGGUCGAUUUGGCCGGCAGCGAAAAUAUCCAACGGUCCGGUGCCGAGAACAAGCGAGCCGCCGAGGCGGGCCUCAUCAACAAGAGUCUCCUGACGCUUGGUCGCGUCAUCAAUGCUCUGGUCGACAAGAACCAGCACAUCCCCUACAGAGAGUCGAAGCUCACCCGUCUGCUGCAAGACUCCCUAGGAGGGCAGACCAAGACGUGUAUCAUCGCCACCAUCUCGCCGGCGAAGAGCAACCUCGAAGAGACGAUUUCAACACUCGACUACGCCUUCAGGGCCAAGAACAUCCGCAACAAGCCGCAACUCAACGCCAUGAUCAACAAGCGCAUGCUUCUCAGGGACUUCGCCACAGAAAUCGAGAGGCUCAAGAGCGAGCUGAUCACGACCCGGCAGCGCAACGGCGUCUACCUGUCCAACGAAUCAUAUGAAGAGAUGACGGCCCAAAGCGAAUCGCGACGCAUAGUCAUGGAGGAGCAGGCGGCCAAGAUGGAGACUCUCGAGGGCAACCUCAAGAACAAGGUCCAGGAAUUGUUCGCCUUGACGUCCAGCUUCAUGGGCUUGCGCAAAGACCACGAAGGCACCAAGGCCGAGCUCGACGAGACCCAGGGUGUCCUUGAGCAGACGGAGGUCGUCCUCCAUGCAACGAGAAGGAGCCUUGCCGAGGAGACGCAUCUUCGCAAAGCCCACCAAGAAACGGAGGAGAAGCUGGCCGAGGUCGGCGGCGAGCUGAUUGCUACCCUGCAGAAGACGGUGCACGAUGUGGAUGGUCUCCGGGCCAAGAACAAGCGGAAGUCCGACCUCCAAUCCAUCAACCGAAGCGCUUGGGGCACUGCGCAGGCCGAAGUGUCCGAAGUGACGAGCCUGGUGGAGCAGCGAGUCCAGAGUUUCCAAGACAAGCAACGGCAAAACAUCUCGGGCAUCUCGGAGCGCAUGAAUUCGUUUGUCACGGAGGAGCUCAAGAAGCUCUCCUCUACACAAAGCUUCCUCGACGAGCAACUGGAUUCUUUUGCGGCAUCGCGUCAAGAGCUUCUGGAGCAGAAGGAGAAGUCCAAGGAUGAGAUGGACGACGUUCUCGAGGAGAUCAAGGUCGUCCGCGACGCCGUCAAGCAGGAGGUUGGCGAGAGCCUUCAGGCCAUCGCCGCCGCCGCGGAGCGUAUUGCUGCUGAUGUCCUCAGCGAGCUUGACACCUUCCAUCAACAGCUGCAUUCUUCAUACAGCUCCCUGGGCAAGGAGUUCAAGAGCAUUUUUGAGGACCUCAUGGCGCACAUCACGCAGCAGAGAAGUGAGUCCGAUAGACUCAGGCAACAACUCCAAGGCGCAACCGACACCAUUGUCGAGCAGAACGAGGGCAUCUCGGCCCAGAUGCAACAAGUCCUCGACGAGGAGAGGGAGCAGGCGGCCCAGGACCGACAGAACCUGUUGGCCCAGAUCACCACGCUCAUCCAUGCCCAAGCGGAAACCCAGGAGACCAGACUGGCCGAGAAGACUGCGCGGCUGCAGAAGAGCGUCUUGGAUUCGAAUGCAUCCCUGCAGGACAACGUCACUCAUUACUCCGAGGACAUGGAUGCCUUGGACGCCAAGCAGGAGCAGGUCCUUGAAACCAUGGCCAAGUCUCGUGACGCCAUGAGGAACAAGCUGAGGGAUGACUGGAGCACCGCCGAGAAGCACAGCACCACCAUCCAAGCAACCACGAAGUCUGUUCACGCCGAGACUGUUCGCGUUGUGGAUGAGCAGCUGAAGGACCUCGAUGUGCAGAUGGAAGCGCUGGACGACUUUGUCACCCGUGCUCGUUCCGAGAAUGCAUCUCACCACGAGCAACACAGCGAGUCGAUUCGGGGCUUGUCGUCGACUGUGGAGAGUUCCUUCGACAACAUCGCAAGCCACUUCAAGACGACAUUCGACCGCGUCAAGGACCUGGGCGAGGAGAUGGAGACGGAGACGGAGGAGAUGCAGCAAGACCUGGACCCGCUGACGCAGCAGCUUUCGAAGCCGUUGACGUCCCUGCGCGAGGACAUUGAAUCGACGACGAUCCAGGAGUACCGCCCGACGGGAGAGACCCCUAUGAAGGUUCAGUACCAGUACCCUACGGACCUUCCGCGGACCGAGGCGCACGAGGCUCUCCUGGCCGAGCUCAGCGACGGAGCCACGCCGACCAAGGCCGGAUCCGACGGCAUGGUGUUCCCGGACGUCGACAACGACACGCAUCGCUCCCCGCCGGCGCGCGCGUCGACCCGUAUGUCGACCCUCAGCAUGAUUUCGGAGAUGCCCCCUUUUAACAUGAGCCUUCGCGAAGUGAACCCCAACACCACCGGCAGCCUCGGCUACGACCCGUCGGCCAGCAUGAUGUCCAUCAACGAGAACACGGCGCCGCUCCUCUUCAGCAAGCGCACGUCGACGAGGCACGUGCAGAAGGGGCGCAAGCAGAGCAGCAUGCUCCCCAUCGAGGGGCGGGAGAACGUGCCCCCCUCGUUGUUUUCUUCGAGCCUGGGACCUCGCAGGAAGAGCCCUCGGCUGAACUAG